AUGGCUGCCAGGGCAGAGAGGAGGGCUGGAGGCUUAGAACGCGCCGAGGGGGGAGCCUCGGUUUCCGGGCUCCUGGCCCGCCCCGGAGGCCUUCCCUGCCUGGCCUCCAUUCCCGGCCCCUCCCACCCGGAAACCCGCGGUCAGAUCCACGUCUCCCAGGCCCCUCUCCCAGCAAAGUUGCUCGAGGGCAACGGAAGCGGCCGGGCUGCGCGGGACAGACGUUCGGCGGCUCGCGGCGCGCCCGGGGAGGAAGGGGCUGCCGGUGGUCUCCCCCCCCCCCCCACCCCGAAGUCGGCCGGGGGCCCCGUGGCCUCACCUGGGCUCCCCGAGGCCGCGCGCUCCUCUCUCGCCGCUGCUCAGGGGCUCUCUAGCUGCCGCCCGGGCUCCGGCCACGCCCGCCGCCGCCGCGGCCCCGCCCCGGACUCGGCUCGGCCCGGGCUGCAGCCACAGCCCUCUCCCCCGCCUCCGCCCCCGCCGGCGGCCGCCAGCCUCCCUCAUGUGACGCGGGAGCAGCUGCGGCCUGAGUCACCCGGGCCUGCGAAGGGAGGGCCGAGCCCCCAGCCCGGUUCGGGGCCACGUAGCCCCCGCCCACAAAACAGCGCCCGCUUCUGCCGAGGGAGGGCAUCGAGAGCAGGACCUCAGGGCGCCCGGGACCCGUCAGGCACCCUCAGCCCGGUGCCAACUCCGGUGAGACUGCGGUUUUCAGCCUCAAGCUCAGGCAGAGACAAGGACUGCAGCAGGCCUCCAUCUUUAACCCAGAGCCCACAUCCCUGCUCGGACUCCAACUCUGUUCAAGCCCCCACCCACACCCUGCUCUGCAGAAGGAGCUGUGGGCUGCCCGGAAUCAAGUGGGGCCAGGUAAACACUUCCAGAAAGCUCCUGGCCUUGCUUCCUGGGAGUCUCCCAACAUUGUAAGAGUUCCUGUUCCCCCUCUCUGUUAGAGCAGCCUCUCGGUUUUCCAGGGCCCUGGGCAGUAGGCUGAGAAGGGAGUGGGGCGGGGGGGAGGCCUUCUCCAGGGCCACCCCACCCGAAAGGGGGCCACUAAGACACCCCACCCUAGCAGACAACACCUCUCAUCCCAGAAGGCAAAGCCAGGUGAGGGCUGGAAGGGGCGGCGGUGGGCUGAAGCUGCCUUCUCCCUUCUGUGGUACCCAGAAGGAGCAAGUGGAAACAGGCAGAGAAGUGGACCAGCCUUCAGACCCCCACUUCCCCAGCCUGGGCCCCACCCCUUAGGUUUUUAUGGUCUUGCCUCAAGAACCACUUCCUGAGUCUUGGAGUGUGUGUGUGUGUGUGUGUGUGUGUGUGUGUGUGUGUACCCAAAGAGAAAAAAAAAAUCUAAGAGCAAAAGGAAGGAGAGCUGAGCUGGGCCAAGAACCAGUCUCCAGGAUCACAGUCCUUUCAGGACACGCCAAGCCCAUUUUGGACCUUACCCCCUGUUAUAAUAGCCCGCAGGCUGUGGAGGAUGCUGAAGAAAGGAAUAUUCAUCAGUGUCUUUAUUGCACUGCCACUCAAUGCCAGGCAUGUGCUGCACCCCAGGGGCAGCAUGAGGAAGAAGACAGGAGUCCUGCCCUCAGGCAGGGCCGAGCCAUUGCUGUGAACAGGGGCAGAGGCUAACAAGGGCAGCUGGACAAGCUCAGAGGGAGGGACAGGUGGGGCCUCCACUGAAUGAAGAAGAACAGGUUUCACAGAGGCGGUGGUGUCCUCUGAGGUGACCUUGGAAAAGAAGGGCAUAAGCUUUCCGUGUCAGGGUAAAGAAGGGGUAGUCUAACAAGUACCUACCUGGCAGGCUGGGUUUGGCUGGCUCAAAAGGCUCAGGGAAGGAUGUGUUGAAAGAUGGAUGGAAAGGGGGUCUGACUGAUCAAGAUCGAGAGAACUCAAACAGACCAACCACAUGCAAUACUUAGUCCUUGAUAUUAUCUUUGUCUGAACAAACAAGCUGUGAAAGAAAUUUUGAAAACAAUUAGGGAAAUUGGAAUAUGGACUGAGAAUUCAACACCAGAAAAUUAUUUGUGUUAGCUGUGAUAAUAUUAUGGUUGUGCCAGUUUGAGUGUAUUGUGUCCCCCAAAUGCCAUUAUCUUUGUGGUCUUCUGUGGGGCAGAAGUUUUGGUGCUGGUUAGAUUUGUUGGAAUGUGCCCCACUCAGCU